UCUACUUCCGCUACCCAACGCCAUAGCUUUCGACUGGUGUUAAAAACUCUGAUAACCGCUGUUCUGGUCAAGAAGGCCAAAUAGCGAAAGUCAUGUUGCGACUGCCAUCCGUUGGGCGGGCUCUCGCCUCAGCUGCCAAGAGCAGCAUGGCACUCAACACUGUUCCAGUGCGUGCUGCCAGCAACAUGGUGGAAGUGUUUGUUGACGGGAAAUCCCUGGAGGUGGAGACUGGAACAACAGUGCUGCAGGCCUGUGAGAAAGCAGGAAUCCAGAUCCCCAGGUUCUGUUACCAUGAGCGUCUCUCAGUGGCGGGAAACUGUCGUAUGUGUCUGGUAGAGAUCGAGAAAGUUGUAAAGCCGGUAGCAGCCUGUGCUAUGCCCGUCAUGAAGGGCUGGAACAUCCUCACCAACUCAGAAAAGACACGCAAAGCCAGAGAGGGAGUGAUGGAGUUCCUGUUGGCAAACCACCCACUGGAUUGUCCUAUUUGUGAUCAAGGAGGAGAGUGUGACCUACAGGAUCAGUCCAUGCAGUUUGGUUCAGACCGCAGUCGUUUCACAGAAGGGAAGCGAGCGGUGGAGGACAAGAACAUCGGGCCGCUCAUCAAAACCAUCAUGACCCGCUGCAUCCAGUGCACACGCUGCGUCCGCUUUGCCAGCGAGAUCGCGGGUGUUGAAGACCUGGGAACAACAGGAAGAGGAAACAACCUGCAGAUCGGGACGUACGUGGAGAAGAUGUUCAUGUCCGAGCUUUCAGGCAACGUCAUCGACAUCUGUCCUGUCGGAGCGCUCACCUCCAAACCCUACGCUUUCACCUCUCGACCCUGGGAGACCAGGAAAACGGAGUCGAUCGACGUGCUGGAUGCUGUUGGCAGUAACAUCCUGGUGAGCACAAGAGGCGGGGAGGUGAUGAGGGUGAUGCCCAGGCUGAACGAAGACAUCAACGAAGAAUGGAUCUCUGACAAGACCAGGUUUGCAUAUGAUGGUCUGAAGAGGCAGAGGUUGACCCAGCCAAUGGUGAAGGACGAUGCAGGUCAGCUGACCCCGACCACCUGGGAGGACGCUCUCACUCGUGUUGCUGGAGCACUUCAGAGCGUGCAGGGCAAUGAGGUAGCAGCGAUCGCAGGAGGGAUGGCUGACGCUGAAACUCUGGUCUCUCUCAAAGACCUGCUCAACAGACUGGACUCGGAGAACCUCUGCACUGAGGAAGUCUUCCCGAUGUCUGGGGCCGGCACUGACCUUCGCUCUAACUACCUGCUGAACUCUCGUAUCACCGGCAUCGAGGAGUGUGACCUGCUGCUGCUCGUAGGAACCAACCCUCGCUACGAAGCCCCGCUGUUCAACGCCCGCAUCCGCAAGAGUUGGCUCCAUAACGAGCUGCGUGUCGCCAUGGUCGGUCACAAUGUUGAUCUGAGCUUCACAUACGAUCAUCUGGGAGAGGAGACUUCAGUCCUGAAGGAGCUGGCUAACGGGACACACCCCUUCUGCGAGGUCCUCUCUGCUGCUAAGCGUCCGGUCGUGGUCGUGGGCAGCAGCGCUCUGCAGAGGGCAGACGGAGCCGCUAUUUUGGGCGUCGUCUCUUCCAUCGCUCAGAACGCAAGAACCAGCAGUGGAGUGGAGGAGGGGUGGAAAGUCCUCAACAUCCUGCACAGAGUUGCCUCUCAGGUGGCAGCGUUGGACCUCGGCUACAAGGCGGGGGUUGACGCCAUCAGAGCGAAUCCUCCCAAAGUGCUGUUCCUGCUGGGAGCCGACGCCGGCUGCAUCACCAGAGCCGACCUGCCCAAAGACAGCCUCAUCAUCUACCAGGGUCAUCAUGGUGACGUAGGAGCACCGAUGGCAGACAUCGUCCUCCCCGGCGCUGCAUACACAGAGAAAAACGCCACGUAUGUGAACACUGAGGGGCGGAGCCAGCACACCCGGCUGGCCGUCAGCGCACCGGGGAUGGCGAGAGAGGACUGGAAGAUCAUCAGAGCCGUGUCUGAGCUGGCCGGUGUGGCACUGCCCUACGACUCUGUGGAGGAGGUCCGCUCCAGACUGGCCGGUGUGGCGCUGCCCUACGACUCUGUGGAGGAGGUCCGCUCCAGACUCGCCGAGGUCUCUCCCAACCUGGUCCGUUAUGAUGAUGUCGAGGAGGCAAACUACUUCAAACAGGCUAAUGAACUCGCCCAGACCCCGUUCCGUCGGUCGGGUCUGGAUUAUCAUAAACAUACCUCUUGGACGUUUCUCGGAGAUUAUCUGCAAAAGAACUGGCGAUUUCGUUGCUCUUAUAAAACCCCCAUGGACGACAGACAAAACCCGGCGCCACGCAGCCAAACCCGAGGGCGACACAUAGACGACCAGACCUGCACCGACGAGACUGAACAUCGGAGAGACCGAAAGACUAUCCUCUAUGUUCGACGAGGAGGUCACUCUGGGCGGACAGGCAGCAUCUUCUCCUCCGGACGCCCUCGCCUGACGUUGUGUUUGGAACCUAAAAGAAACAAAACCAGAGUUUAUCUGACCCCUCCUCCCACGACAUCUAACCUCUGA